AUGUCGUCAACCAGCCCACGAAAGUCAAUUGAUAGUUUGGCGUCUGGGGUCUCGUCACCUUCAGUCUCUUAUUCAACAAGUCAGCUGGAAUCUCCGCGCGCGGCCCCUCAGCGAUUCCCCCUGAGGAGGGGAUCAACCGCGAGCUCGAUCGUGAGCAUUGGAGGUGUCCUAGACUCUUCCCAUUACCAUGGCUCAAUCGCAGAGUCUGGGCAGAAUGCCAUUUCGACCCUUCUCCAGCCCCCAAUCAUCCGCACUGGUAUGACGACCGGUAGUGCCACAGCGUCCGCCAGCUUCAAGCCUCCUUCGUCUCGCGAUAUUCCUCCGGUGACCCUGACAAAUAUCAAGCAUGUGGAUGCAAAGGUCUUCCAGCCAUAUUUGUCGCAGGUGGGCACAUUGUACGAUGUGUUUCAACAACCAAAAGAAGGCACAGGGGAGGAUCCGCAACCGGUACAGGCUGCCAAAUCUCCCAAGCCAGAUUCCGAUCGCGAUUCGUUAAUGCCAUGGUCGCCUGACCGAAGAUCUUCGGUCAUAUCGACCAGUUCAAGAUCAGGUUCGCCAUAUGAUACUCGCGGCCGACGCCACUCCACUGCCCGUGGUCGCGCCCCCGCAGUGACUCCUCUUUCCACCAUCCCUCCGGUUUACUUUGAAGAGGACUUUCACCUAGAGAAUCCCCGUACGUUCGAUGUGAUAUCGGAGAAAUCAGAUGUCGUCCGGCCGCCGAGGCCACCGACCAAAGACGACAAACAUACCAAUGGAUUAGUUGCAGAGCCAGUACAAACUGGAAGAAAGGCACUAGCAACGAAUGCUAUUCUGCAAGAGAAGCUCUCAUGGUACAUGGAUACUGUGGAGAUCCAUCUUAUUUCGUCUAUCUCAACUGCAUCAAAAUCCUUCUUCACUGCGCUAGGAUCUCUCCGAGAGUUGCACGCGGAAGCCGCCGACUCGGUUAAUCGGAUCCAAGUACUAAGAAGAGACCUACAGAAGAUCGAUAAAGAAAUGGCUCUGGGCGGUCUUAAGAUUGUUAAUUUGAGACGGCGAAGAGAAAAUGUACGAAUGUUGGCAGCUGCCGUGGCUCAACUUCGCGAUGUUGUAGAAUCUGUCUCUCGUUGUGAAAGCCUAGUAGAGCAGGGCGAUAUUGAGGAGGCUGCCGAUGGACUCGAGGAAGUCGAGAAAUUGAUGGCCGGUGAAAAGCUCCCCGACCGUGCCGCUUCGGAGGACGAGGAGGGUGCCCCCAGACGCAUUAUCGACCUGCGAGGCAUCAAGGCCCUUGAGGGAGCAUCCGAUGAUCUGGCACAGCUCCGCCAACGCAUUGGCAUGGGCUAUGAGACCCGGUUCUUGAAUGAGCUUUUGGGGGAUUUACGAGAGCAUGUUCAAAAUGUACCGUCGAAUGUUACCCUGCAGCGCUGGGGAAACUCAUUCCAACGGCAGCGCGGUGGUAACCGGUCUGGAGUAUCGGUAUCGCCUGCCUACAUGGAUUUCAAUAACGAAUUGCGGUCCCAAUUGAACACCCAGCUCAACGGACUCGCACGUGCUCGCUAUACCAUGUCAGCGGCAACUUCUUUCAAAACUGCUGUUUUACGAGAAAUGAAGGGCCUUAUUCGCAAACACCUUCCCAGUUCUAGUGAUGAUGAUAAUGAAUCUAUGGUGUCGCUAUCAACACAUGGCGGCCAUCAGCUAAGCCAGCAGGAAAAGUCAUCAAUCCUUGCUCGCAAUUUGCGCGCACUUGACUCAGAUGAUGCUUAUGCGAUGUUGAUAAACGUCUACACUGGAAUUAGCGAAUCGCUGCGGCGACUUAGUGUCCAAGUCAAAGUUCUUCUGGAUAUUGCUAGUGGCCUGGGUAAUUCGCCAGCUUCCGGUGUCAAGUCACCACCACGGAGCCCCAACCCGCAAAGUAUGGAUCAAGCUAUGAAAUCUCCACAGACCGGGCCAACAGCCUCCGACAUGGCUCAGGAUGAGAUCCUGCAGGUUUUGGAUAUGUCGAGUCUACUUGGCCAAGCAGUUGACAUCGCCCAAUCCCAGAUAACGAAAGUGCUAAAAGUACGAUCUGAACAGACCGCCCAGCUUUCCAAGGAGGAGUUCCUCAAAUACUUCACUCUCAACCGCCUGUUCGCCGAUGAAUGUGAGGCUAUCUCGGGACGCAGUGGUGCUGCUCUGAAGACGAUUGUCGGAAACCAAAUCCGCGAUUUCAUCACCCGUUUCGGUGAUGGCCAGCGCCAUCAGAUUGUCAACGUAAUGGAUUCCGACCGAUGGGAUGCACGCGAUUUCGGAGAUGCCGAGAACACUAUUCUUACUCGGAUUCUUGAUGCAAGCACGAAAGAUAUCGAACCCUGGGUUGAGGUUUCUAAGAUCUGGACUCAACCUGCUGAAAGCGAGGGAGACAAACCCGUUGAUACUGCUGCUGCAAAUGGCACAGACAAGUCCAAGGUUCGCAGUGCCGUUAUCGACGAGCAGAAAUACCUCCUACCUGACUCUGCUGUUGCCAUGAUGCGCAGCAUUGAGGAGUUUGAGUUCCUGAUGUCAAAUAUCCCCAGUGUGAUCCAGGAUAUUGCGCCGCACCUACUAGACAUCCUGAAACUUUUCAACUCGCGGUCAUCGCAGUUGAUUCUUGGGGCCGGCGCUACACGUAGCGCAGGCCUGAAGAACAUCACAACUAAGCAUCUCGCGCUGUCAUCACAAGCAUUGAGCUUUGUCAUUGCGUUAGUGCCCUAUGUACGGGAAUUUGUCCGUCGUCAUGGACAGGCAAAUCCCUUAAUGGCCGAGUUCGACAAAGUCAAACGACUAUGCCAGGAGCAUCAGAGCGGUAUUCAUGAGAAGCUAGUGGAUAUCAUGAGCUCGCGCUCUUCGAUCCACGUGAAUGCUAUGAAGAAGAUCGACUGGAAUACCACGGGAGCAACUCCUGCUGUGAAUCCUUACAUGGAAACUUUAGCCAAGGAGACAGGCACUCUCCAUCGCGUCUUGAGCAAGCAUCUCCCGGACAUGACAGUGAGUAUGAUCAUGGUACCUGUAUUCAACAGUUACCGAGAUCAAUGGACGAAGGCCUUCCAGGAGGCCGAUGUGCAGACAGAAGCUGGAAAGAAAAGGAUGGAAACCGACGUCGAGCAUUUCCGAACUAAACUGAGCAAAAUCGAAGGUGCCAGCGAGGUUGGCGACAAGCUCCUAGAAGUUGUGCGAGCGAAGCAGAUUACCAUUACCAGCGAACCCGAGAAGUCCGAAACGAAUGAGAAGCAGCAAGAUCAGGAAGAUGGUUCCGAUUCCACCAAAUCCUGA